AUGGUAUUGGGCGGUGAACCGCGUAUUCCCGUUAACUUGCUUCUUAGCCGUGUUUUACUCACGCAAGGAGUUAGCGAAAUUCAGACUAUGAUGGAUGAUCUGAAUAUACAUAAGUCAAUAGCGACAGCUGAGCAAACAGAACGUCUACGAAAAAUGGAUUCAGAGGUAUCACAUGAUCUCGCCACUUUGAACUUGGUGACUCGUACAGAUGCAGAACGGAUAUGUGGCAUUGUAAGAAUAGAGAGUGACCCUGCUCCGGAAGGAGAACCGGAUGUGUAA